AUAAACACAUUAGGAAAAAAAAAAUACCAAGACUACUUCUCAAAAUGGAUACUAUUGUGAAGUUAGCAAGUGAAAAUUCAGUUGUGAUAUUCAGCAAGAACAAUUGUUGCAUGUCGCAUGCGAUUGACUUGCUGAUACGUGGCUACGGGGCGAACCCAAGGAUUUAUGAGCUCGACCAGCUAGCCGAGGGGGACCGGAUGGAGAAGGAUUUGAUGGCAAUGGGGUGCAACCCCAGUGUACCGGCUGUGUUCAUAAACAAGGAGUUCAUCGGGGGCUCGAAUGAGAUCAUAAGCCUCAAUGUUAGAGGCAAGCUCAAGCCCUUGCUCAUCAAAGCCAAUGCCAUAUGGGUAUAGGUGGAAAUUACAAGGCUAAGUGAGUAAUUAAUUAAUAAUUGAAGUUGUUAGAUACAUAAGCUACAACUUUUUCCUUUAUUUCUUUUGUUUUUGGCCUAGAGUUAUAAGAAGUAUAUAUAGGUCAAAUUUUUAGCAUGUAUAUCAUGUUAUACAUAUAGUUAGUAAAUGAGACCCUUCUUCUCCAUUUAACAUGAGUAGAUAUGGUCUACAUCUAGACACAUAUAUAUGUAUCAAAUACAAUAUUAUUUCUCCAUGUUGUA